GGGGGUGGCCAGCUGAGGACAGACGACGGGAGGUUGGCAACGAUGUCGUCCCUUCACUGUAUUCACAGGCUUUUCUUGGCUCCAGUACGGCCAAGACCAUUGUUGGAGGUAGUUCGACUCGCUGUGAUGGGCACCUCACAGAAGCGGGAAUACUCUCCGGAAUUCCUCCAGAAGUGUUAUGACGAUCACCGGGCGUUGUGGCAGAGUAAAAAGCCUCCAGAGAAUGUCAACCCCAGAGGUGUAUUUGCAAGCAAUGAACUUGAUCUUCGAGAAAUUAAAGUGUAUGGCUUUGACUAUGACUAUACUUUAGCAAAUUAUGAACAAGCAGUUGAACACCUAAUAUACGAUCUUGGGAAAAACGUAUUGAUAUCUAAAUACAGGUAUCCUGAGGAAAUAAAGAACCUGAAGUACAAUCAUGACUUCGCCGUUCGAGGUCUUCACUACGAUAUCAAACACGGUCUCUUGAUGAAAUUGGACCAAUUUCAGCAACUGCAAUUUGGAUCCAUAUAUCGAGGUUUAAGCCACCUCACCCAAGAAGAAGUCUUGGAAAUUUAUGGCAGCCGAUCCCUGUCACUACAUUAUAUAGAGGGACAUUUGAGAGGGCAAACCAAAAUGGCACACCUGGCCGAUCUCUUCUCGUUACCGGAAAUGUGUCUCCUGAGUCAGGUGGCUCAGUACUUCAUGGACAACAACAUUCCUUACCAUUCAGUGCCGCUCUUCAAUGAUGUCAAGGCAGCCAUUGGCAGUAUACACCCCGAGAUGCAUCGCAUUGUGGGUCGGAACAUCAGUGAAUAUCUAAUCAAAGACCCAAACCUUGUCACGUUUUUUGAUAGGCUAAAGAAGCAUAAUAAAGAAAUUUUCAUCAUCACCAACAGUCCUUUUUAUUUUGUAAACGCUGGAAUGUCUUACAUAUUAGGAGAGAAUUGGCGUGACUACUUUGAUGUUGUGGUUGCUAGUGCCAAGAAGCCAGCAUUCUUCACAGAUAGCAUGAGACCAUUCCGUGAACUCAAUGAAGAAAUCCACAUUCAAACCUGGGGACCAGUAACCAGCCUGGAUAAAGGCAAAAUUUACUUAGAGGGAAACUUGAGGCACCUGCAGGAGAUGAAGGGUUGGCAAGGUAAAGAUGUUUUAUAUUUUGGUGACCAUCCUUACACUGAUCUAGCUGAUGUUUCUCUCAAUCACAGCUGGAGAACAGGUGCAAUCAUCUGGGAGUUAGAUUAUGAGAUACAAUGCCUCAACUCUGAAGAAUACAAGAAAACGAGUGGGUGGUUGAUGAUCUUGCAGUCUCUGAUAGAGAGCAGCCAAGACUUUGAAGAUGAGGAGUCUCGUAAAAUUAUCAAACAGUGGGAAAUCGAAAGGGACCAAUUAAGAAAGAAGUCAAAGCAGAUAUUUAAUCAACACUUCGGCAGUGUCUUCAGAACUCAUGAUAAUCCGACAUACUUCUCCCGUCGUCUCUUCCGCUUUGCCGACAUCUACACAUCUCGACUAUCUAACCUAAAUGAUUAUUCUAUUAAUCACACGUUUUAUCCUCGAAGAGGAGUUUUGCCACAUGAAUACAAGUCUCUCUUUGUAUAAUUAUUACUGUAGUCAUAAGGAAUGAAAGACCGGAUCUCAUCUUUUAGAUUGAAGUGUACCAGCCGCUGUGAGUAUAUACAAAUAUUUGUGGCUGUAAUAUACUAUUAUAAUUACUGCAUUGUCAUUAAUACUAUUAAACGGUGUGAAAAUUUAAGCACUGUAUAAUAGUUGGUAAUAAAUAUACCAGUGUUCAUUGCAGUAUUGAUAAAAAUGUUAAGAGAGCAUUGUAGCAAUUGAGACUUUCUGAAAAAUGAAGUCUUUAUUGUAAUUACCGUCCACCUAUACUCCUUAUACAUGACAAACUUGAAAGGCUAGAGCUGGGAAACCCUACUAAAACGUAUUUGUUUGAUAACACUAUCUCCAGCCCAUUCUCUCUCUUUGCAACUCUACUAAAUAUUCAACUGUUUUGCCUAACCCGUAACAUAUGAAUCCAAGCAACCCACAUAACCUUUCAAGACCAUUGCAUAGAAAACUUCAAUAUUCUGAUGUUUUAAUUUUUGUUAAUACUUUACAAAUUUAAUGGAUUUAUUGAUUACAUGAAAAAUACAACAUACUAGUUGGGACGAUGGGUUGUUAGGUAUGGGAGUUGGAGGAGGGGAAAGAGUACCUUUGCCUCUGUUCCUCCUCCUCCGUGGGCUAGUAAUAUGAAUGUUAGACUGUUGCCUGGAAGAGAUAGCAGUUGGUCAAAAUACAGUACAGUGUACAUUUAAUACCAAAUGGUGCUAACAUAUUGGAUUCUAAGCACAAAUUUGCUGCUGCAUUGACAGGGAGGCAGAGUUGUUGAUUUAAUGUACAUAGCACAUAUUUUCAACUUGAUGAUUUUGUGUAGUAUAUAUCAUGAACAUGCAAUAGCCUUAAAUCGAGUUUAAACCUACUGUUCAACAAUUAAUGCCAAUUAUAAGAUCCUUGGAGAAUCGGAGCCCUUUGACACUGCUCAUCUCGUAUCUUUUUGCUCUAGUAUUAGCAUCCUUGGUGAUAUUCAAGAUCUUUUAAAUAUCCUGUGACAGAUGGUGCUAAAUAGUUUUCUCUGCUUGGUGCCUUCUUUUGAUACCUACUUAGAACUGAAUCACCUCUACCGAUCAAGUCACUGAAAACUGCAAAAUAGCACACGUCACUUGAAACAGGUUUAAUAUGUCCAAUACUAACAGCCUCUUUUUAAAUGUUUGAUUCAAUUCAGCCUUGAGAGAUUAUGCACAGAAUGGUCUGGGUGGUUAGGAUGAAACAUCAAAGUGUGGCUGUCUAGCCGAUUUAUAAGCUUGCAUGAUUAGGUUGGUAUAGUUGAUGCAGUCUUGGGCAACGAGUUUGAAUCUCACUAGAGCUUGGUGAACAUUCUUGGAUGUUUCUUCCUUAAAACAGGAAAGCUGACAGGCUACGAUGCUUGUAUGCUUUUCUUAAAGGAUGGGUUUAACUCAACCUUUUAAAGUUGAAUCAAGUGAUUUUGGCAACUAGACAAAAAAAAUCUUAGUAUAAUAAUUUAGUUGCUGGUAUGACCUAAUUAGUAAAGGUGACAGACAAUGCCUCAGUAAGUUUGCUUUCCCUGGAUUGGGAUGUAGGUUUGAAUGCCUUGUCUUAAGUCCCCCUAAACUAGGUAUUAAUUGUACCUAGUUAAUAGUUUGAAAAGUUGUUAGAACAAAGAAGUGGCAAUAGCCCUGCCAAUUGCAUUAACAAUUAUGCAAGAAAAUAGUACAGCUGUAGAUUGUAUUAGAUAAAUUUUGUUAGUUUGCAGAGAUAUGCUUUGCAAAAAUGUUAUAUUUUAAAUACGAAGCGAUACCACAUGACACGGUAUGUCGAGAGAUUUCCAAGUAGCAGAGAUUUUCCCGAGUACAUAUAGUUAGGUAUUAUUUUGUAUGCAUUAUGACACUUGAUCUUGAAGCCUUAGCACUUUCCUUUGUUAGCCACUUACUACUUCAACAUGAAGCAAAGGGCAUUUCCAUGUUUGUACUGCCCAUUUUUUUUCUUUCUAGUUAGUUGGACUGCAUAGUUUAGAAGUAAAUUUGUACAGACAGUAUUUUAGUGUCAUGAAAAUAUUUUGUAUAGUUUUAGAACAAGAAUUAAUCUCACAAAAGAUAACUAUAGGAUUUUACCUGUAAUUGUUAUAACAAUUACUGUAAUGUCAUUUUAAUUUAAUUAAAAAUUAAAUGUGUAACAUUCAUAUUCUAUCUCAAAUUUAGAGCACAUGAUUGUAAUUAUUAUUGGUUUUUGUUUUAAUAUUUUAUUUUAAGAAGCAAAACUUCUUUUGACUUGUCUCAAAUAGGCAACCAUUUUCUAUGGGCUAUUUUAAAGUUUGUUGAAUAACCUUUACUAUUUUAUGAAUUAUUAUCGUACAGAAUAUUGACCACCUCUGAAAACUGGACGUUGGUGGCACAUAAUAUUUGGCUGGUUAAUGUACCCCAAAUAAAAUUACUGACCUCCAUUUUUUUGCAUGAAUGAUUACAGUAACUUUUUUAUAUGAUUAAAGCCUGAGAACUUUUUGGAGGUCAGACUAAGUAUUGAAUACUUGUACUUUUUGUAUUCAAUGUGUACAAGUCGUACAUUUAUUGGAUUUUAAUACAAUUUUAUUAAUUGUAACACAAGGAUAAUAGUUUUGUCAAUGUUAAUACUUGUAAAUGUGAUACUACAAUGCACUCACUCAUUCAGUUUGACCUAGCAUUGGUAUAUUGCAUUUCAAGAGCUGAUGAUGAUCAUAACCAAGUUAAGAAAGCAUGGACCUUGUUUGCCAGUGUAUGAGAUGCACUCCUAUUCAACCAGGUUAUUUUGUGGAAAUUAUUUUUUACUAUACAUGAACAGUAUUUUAAUUAGUAUUGUUUAUUGAAUAGUGAUUAUAUAGUGCAACUGCCCUAUUACUGUGCGUGUUCUUUCACAUAAACUAUGACAUCGAGCUUAAGCUUAAUGUUAUAACAAUUCAUCCUGUUCGCUGGCAAAUAUGGCAAUCUGGCUGACCAAUGAACAACAUCAUGUGACCUAAUUUAGCAGGUAUAUAUCAUAAGCAAUGGGGUCUAUGGUGGUAUCUUGGGUGGGAUACCUAACAAAAUAAGAUAUCAAAGUCUCGCCCCCCCCGUCUUGUGGUAACGAGGCCACUACAACACCAUUUGUGAAUUGACAGUACCUCAAUAUUUUUGAGGUACUUUAUCUUUGUUAGCUUUUGUCCUUAGUUUGUUUAGUCAUAUUUUGUCAUUUUCUUUUAAUUUAUUUAUUAGUUUCCCUUUUACUUUUGAACAAAAUGCCUCCUUUAAGUGUUGACAAAUUCUCUGGUGUCCAGAGACUCAUGCUAGUUUUGCUAGGAAGUAAGACAACCUGACCUCAUUCUCUCCUGGGAUGAUAAUGUGCUUGGGUUGCUGCCAGCAAGCACCCAUGUUUCGGGGGGGUUGGACAGAAACCAGCCAAACAGCCGUUUAGAUUACUUUUGAAGGGAAUGUGUGUGUAGAAUUGAGUGUAUGUGCAUUUAAUGUAAGAAAUAAAUGAGGAAGGAGAGAGAAGGAUAAGGUAAUAUUAUGAAUGGAGCGAUAGAUGUGCUAGGUGUUAAGCGAGAUGUGUCCUUAAGAGAAUGGUAGAUGGGGGUAAUUGUGAAAAUCAAAGUAGUGGUAGAGUUGAGGGAAUGGUUGUGUGGCCAUGAAUGGGUGAAAGUUUUGAAGGUAACAAGGAGUUGGUGGUAGCUUUGUUUACGUCUGAGAAAAAGGAGCACCUGGAGCAAGGGUGGUAGUGGAUUGUUUGUAAAUACUGUAUUGUUGCAUUCUUUGCUGAGAUUAGAGAUUGCAAAAUAUUGUGAAGAAGUCUGAUGUUGGGCAGGGAAGGGAGGGAGUGACUAGUUAACAUAGAAAAAAUAAGUUUAUAGUCAUUGAGAGAAGAGUAUGGGAUGUUAUGUAUUGUGUAAAUCCCCCUUUGUUUUUGUAUUAGCAUCCUGAGUGAUGAGUAGGAUUUUUAAAUAUUCCAAGAUACAGUCAGUGCUAAAUAGUCUUCCUGGCUUGGGGCCUUUUGAUAAUUAGUUGUAAUUUCCUAUUAUGUGGCAAGACAGAGAUCAAAAUUGGUUAGAAAAUGGGAUGAGGUAGUAAGAUUUAAGUAACUUUGGGUAAGAGAGGGGUAAUGAGUGGCAAGAAAUGUGAAUAGCAUAAGCAAAUGAAUGAAUGUUUGCAUGGAAGCUAAGAAAGGAUCGAGGGAUAGUAUACAACUAAUACGGCUAUGACAUUUAGAAGCAAAGUUUUGGUAUGGAAAUUCUCUAGUAUAUAUGCAGUGAAAAAUAGUUCAUGAAAAGUAAUUGGUGUAUUUGUGUGGAAUGGGUAUAGCAAUGUGGAAAUAUGAUGGAUGUGGUACACGUGAAAAGAAUAAGGGACUGAAAUGUGUAGUGAGAAAAGUGGCAUACACUUCUGUAUUAACAUGUUAGUAGAAUGUCUGAGAAUUGUUUAACAAUAAGGGUGAAGUAAAGGGAUCAUAUGAUAGAUGAUGACCAGUACCUUAGCAGAUAGGUGUUUGCGAGUGUCAGGGCUUGCAAGAGUAAAAGGUUUGUGUGAUGGUAGUCUCUCCUGGAGAAAUUUCUGCUGUGUUGACCCGAUAGGAAUCUCCCAAGAGGAAGUGAGGUGUUGGGACUAUAGACAGAUGCUACAUGACCUCAGAAGAGUAAUUUUAUUUUGCAAGUUUAUGUACUAAUGCAGUUAUUUGUAUUUAUAAAUCUUUUAUAUUUAAUGCUUGUGUUCACUGAUCAUGAAUUUGAUCAGUUUUAUUGAUUACAUCAUAAUACUCUGUAUUGACUAUUUUUUAUCUUUUUUAUUGUGAAAAAUAAUUAAGAAAAUGCAACUUAAUUUUAUUUAUUUAUCAAUCUGCAAGAACAUUUAUCAAAAUUCAAGGGAAGGUUACCUGCUGACUUCCCUGGAGCCUGAUAAUUGGCUCUCCAAAAGAUGGCCAACUUACAGAGCUUCAUUGUACUGUACAGUUUAUUGAAAUUAUUAAUAAAUUUAUUUUAUGAUUGACAUUCUG